AUGUCUGGAGCAAGAACCCAAUUAGCUGAUUCAUCGACAUCGCCAACACUGAGUGACGGUCGGCGUCUAGAUUACAGCAGCCUGAAAUUUGCUUACGGGGACGGCUCUGACGAUGAGAGUGGAUCUGUGACUCCCGAGCUGCCAUCGUGCGUGUAUGCUGCAGCGAGAGGCAGACUACAAUUACCUCUGGCAGCCUAUGUACACCAGCACACAAGGCAACUGCACCCAGAUGCUUUGCUGGAGUCAUCUGUAGAGCCGGACUACCAAUGCGGAGGCUCUCCUUAUCGUGUUCAGCGCGCAGCGGCUAACGUACGGGAGCGACGACGCAUGCUGAGGUCCGGCCCCAAUGGCAGUAUAAACUCGGCGUUCGAUGAGCUGCGUGUGCACGUGCCUACAUUUCCGUACGAAAAGCGGCUGAGCAAAAUUGACACGCUUCGGUUGGCCAUCGCGUACAUCGCCCUGCUAAGGGAGGUCUUAGAUGCUGACUACGAUCCACUUACGUACGUGGAGAAAUGUCUCCGAGGUGAAAUCAAAGCUGAUCGUGCACACUGGAAUACGAGUGAUCUCACUGCGCGACUAUCUUGGAUAAACUGGGAAAAUCUCGGCGUGAACCCUCAACGCAGAAGUGUCCUGACGUCCCUUGCACUGAGCUCGGAAAAUUUACAGUAUACGCACAAUUAA